CUACGAUCACAUUCAAGCACGCAUGGUGGCGCUUCACCCCGAAAUCGAGAAGAGCGAGGUCGACGCCUUAUGCGAGCUAUUCUUGGCCCUUGGAGGAACUCGAUGGACCAACAGCACUGGAUGGACGAAGUUCGACAAUGCCGAGGCACUAAGAUCCGGGUACGGAAUGGCUUGGUAUGGGACAAAAUGGAGCAAAGGGUGCGUCAUUUCGAUCGACUUGCGGGGCAACAAUUUGCGAGGCACAUUGCCUGACGUUUUUUCCAAAAUGAACAAGUUGCAAGUCCUGAAUCUUGGCAACAACCCUUUGGUUACUGGACGAGUGCCCCAUUCCUUGAUGAAAGCGAAACACCUGCAGUACUGCUAUUUGGAUGGAACACAAGUGUUCGACAUCGUUGCGUCGCAUCAUGCUUAUGACUUCCACAUUACAAAGUACAUUUCAAGCUCCAAGGCAUCUGUCCGCGUUCGCAUUCGAAAUUCGACCUGGAUCGCAGAUGUGACGGAACAAGAAAUGUAUCUCGUUUCAACGAGCUUGCAAGCCGCAAGGGCGCCCCCCAGGCCCAACGUCAUCCAAAGGACUGCCCAUAACGCAACUGGCCCUGAACGAGUUCACGCAGCAAUGACUUUGCAGCGGAUUUAUCGAGAGUCCAGGGCACGCCGCAAAAUUCUGAAGCUAUCCGCGAUGGUCAGCGAAGUCGUUCAAGACGUCGAGGAUAUCAAGUCAACACAAGCGAUGAACAGAAUUUCGAUGUUGGGAGCUACGACAUCACUGAUUCAUGCCGAACUGAAGCGCCGCUAUGGAAGCGAAUCCUCAACCCACGUCUGCUAUCGUGGUUUGUUCGACGAGUACGACCAAGAACACACUGGGUUUGUGCAUUCAAAGGACUUAUUGUUGCUGUGUGGGGAUUUGGGCAUACCAAUGUCACCUCAAAGGUUUGAGAUCGCAAUGAAAGAGAUGAAUACCCCUAGUCAUGGCAAACUGAGCUUUGAAGAACUCUGUCAUUGGCUUGACAAAAUGGAAAAAUAAAUACUUGUUUGUGGAAUUCGUAAGGUGACUUCGUAAAUGCACAAAUUCAAUUAUCAAGUUCCC